AUGUUUCGCAGGAACAAGACAAUUCCACUUGUUAAGGUGCUUUGGAGAAGUCAUCAAGUAGAAGAAGCUACUUGGGAACCGGAGGAGCAAAUGUGGCAUCAAUAUCCCUAUCUCUUUGAUUGA